AUACAGUUUGAUCUCGAACCACUGUUCAGCCGUUGACUUUGGCGCACUUCGCAGUCGCAGUCGCUGCUUAGUUUUCCUCUUAUUGUAGCGCUGUGCUUGCUUUUCAGUUCCAUUUUGUUGGUAGCCCGAGCAACGUGAAAACUUACUAAGCGUUUUUGUUUCUGCUGUUGAGUGCUACAAUUUUACAAACAGCCAUCAAAGUGGGGGCAGGCACUACCGAGCAAAGACAGCUUGGAAAUAAAUUAAAGUAAUUACGUACAUACUAUUUGCCAGUUGGAUUUCCAACCAAUAUCGAGUGAGCUGCCAACUAAAACGUGUUUCGUAAACUGCCGUCCGUUACACUUACACAAUACAAAUAAUAAUUAUACAAAAUAAAAUAAUACAGCUAAAUUUUGCAAUUUACGCUGAAAAAGACAGAAUUCAAUAAUUAGUGCAUCCAAACCUAUAAAAACAAAGCUCCAAAGCACACCAAAGGGCCAACAACCCGUGUCAAUCAUCAAUGGCGUUCAUUUCGAAAGAUUGGCGAUCACCUGGUGAGGCGUGGGUUAAAACCGAGGAGGGAUGGGAGCGCAAAAAGGUACUCGAAUGCGUCGGCAAACGAAAACGCCAUAGCUCAGAGGGGAGCUACGACGACUCAGUGGUCGCCAGUGCGGAGGAAGCGGGCGGCAUGCCGCCACACUGCCACAUCACGAUCCGUUGCACGCGUGAGAUAGCCGGUUUCAAUGGGCUGACCGAGGCAGUCAAGCGGCUGGACUUCCGGCGCUCCGUGCGCGAUCGUAAACGUUUCCACUACAUAUGCGCAUUUCUGCUGCUGGUGUCCAACAAGGGCAUAGCCAGUUUGCCGGGCAGUGCGCAGCGCCAAUUGCUUCAAAUGGUCGAGGAGGUGGCCUCCCAUGUGAACGACAGUCAGCAACAUCCGAAUGUACUGCGCGGCCUGGCACUGAAACUGGAUCAUAUUGUCAACCAAGAAAACCAAAAAUGCUGGGGCAAGCCACUGGGCAGCACUUAUCUAUGGAAGGAACACAUGGCAACGAUCAAACGGAUCCAACACGUGGCUAGUCAAAUCGAGAUUAAGGAACCUGAUCCGAAGGUUCGGCCAAAGCUGCACGAGCUGCCCGAGGAAUGUGUACGGGAAAUAAUUCUCUGUAUUGCCGAUCAUCGGGAUCUGGAGUCGGCUGCCCAGGCAUGGGAUACCAUGGCCAAGCUUGUAUCAGAGCAGCGCAUCUGGCGCGAACUGACCCGUUUCCACUUCAAUCAACGCCAGAUCAACACCAUACUGGAUCUGGACAAGUUCAAGCAGAUGGGCGAGAUCAAAGACUGGAAGCAAAUCUAUCAUCAAUUGCGACGAACCUAUGGCGUAAACGAAGACUAUCAGUUUGCCGAGGUGUUGGCACUCUGUCGCUCCUGCUGCUGCCUCUUCUGGCCGUCCGAUGGGCACCCCUGUAUUGUGGACCAGAGUCCCGAUUACAAACAGCGCGUUGAGGAGGCGGGCGGACAAUUGGCGCUUGCACAACCGGUGCCGCCAGCACAGUUCUUAAAGUAUUUUUCGUUGUAAGUUGGACCGGACAUCAUGGAAUGCAAACUGACCAAGGGAGAGAGACAAAGAGAUACAUAGAUAUUUUUAAAGCGCGUUGUGAAAUGAAUGCAUGAAUUUGCUGCUAAACAUGGGAAGGGUGAGAGAGAGAUUAUGAUGUGGUGCUCAGAUAAUGAUGCCGAUGAUGCGGAUGAUGUUGACACUGUUUUAGGCGUAUGAGAGUUUUUAUGUGCAUGUUAAAGUUUUAUCGGGGAAUAGAAAGCAAAGUGAUAGAGUUUUAAAGCAAAGUACUUGUUUGUCCACAAGAACGACAUUUCUAGGUUCUAUACUAUUUAGUUAUCAUCAUUAAGCGAAAAGAUCAAAACAUACAUUGUCUGACUGUUCAUACUCUUUUUAUAAAAACCAACAAGCUAUCGAAGAUUAUCAGUUAACUCCCAGUAGUAUUCAUUUCUAUCAGAUUCCAUUUACUUGUCAGAAAUCAGAAGGGUCUCGAGAUUUAAGGAAUAAUAUUAGAAUCCCAGUCUUUUCCACCAAAACAUUCUUAGUCAACCAACUCGAGAGCAUGCACAUGUCAUAAAUGUAUGUUUUUAAAGGAAGCUUCAUGAAUUGUUAGUCAUACAUCUUUUAAAUUUGUGUUAGAAUUGGUUUUUGACUACAGGAAAGCAACAAAUUCACAUGAAAACUCCGUUGAGAAAUCAACAAAUGAUAAACAAACUGCCACACAAUACGAAGAUUUUGUCAGCUUAGUCAACAACAACAGUGGAAUUAAAUAUUGUCAAAUGAAGAACUAUUUUACAAAUAAAUUUAGUUCACAUAACGAUGAGUUUGCAUAUGAAAUUUUAUUGUCUAUUAGCGUUUAAGUGUAGUUUGUUUGUAGCAGCUGCUUUUGGUGCUAUUUUAAUGAGUUGAAAUCUCCCCUGCCCAAUCAAAAACCAAACACGGAAUAUCAAUUUACAGUUGAUGCUAAAAUAAAAAAAAUAAAGCAGAAACAAAAAAACACAAACAAAUAUCUUUACAAACUAAAACAAAAAUCAUGUGAUGUUGCAAAAAACAAAGCUAGAAACGAAUACACCUUCAAAAUGAUUUAAUAAAUAAGAAAAAUUGAAAGCCAAACGGAAAAGUAAAACAUAUUGAAUACAGAUCGAUAAAUAUACACAUAUAUAUAUAAGAGAGUUAAAAUCCAUGCUUAAUUAAAUAAAUUACGGGAAUCGAAAUAAAUGCGAUAUGUUGUCAUAAGAUAAUAGAAUCUAAAUAUAUUUUAAAAUUGGUUACAUAUUGUUUUAAACUGUUUUAAAGGAACAACAGCACUACUUCAAGCAAAAAUGAAAAGCAAUCUUCAAUAUUAAUUUCAAAUAAAGUCCUGGAUUUGGCUAUCGAUGUCCUUGUUUUAUGUGAAUUUUGUAAAGUAUUUCAAUUCAUUGGUUAUUUGCUUAGGUUUAAGCAAUCAGAGCUAAAUAGAAUAUUUAUAUGUAAAUACAAUAUUGAACUAAUUCAUUUGUAUUGUCUUUAGUCAGAGAAAAGACACAAUGCUUCUUUGAGAAAAUAAAAAUAAUUACUAUCUACUAAAGUAAAAACACUUAAAUAAAUAAAUGAAGCUAACAGAAAAUACAUUUUAAACGUUUA